UAGCUUGAGGUAAAGUUAGAAUGUGUUUGUAGUAGAAUGUACCUUGGAAUUUUUUAAUGUCUCCACAUGCUAUACAUCAAACUACUUUAGUCAAAAUAUUUGUUCAGUGGGAAAAAACUCAGUGAAAAUAAAUUAUAUAUCUUAGUCCAAACAAAAAGUAAUUGACUGAUCUAUUUCCUCCAUUCUCAGAACACCAUCAACUAUAAGGUGUAACAUCAAUUAAUAACAGGUAAGGAGGAAAAAAAGACAUGACAUUAAACGCACACUUCGAUUCCAGGAAUGUUAAAAUAUGUGGGGAAAAAACAGUACCAGCACAGCCAUGUAUCUUGGGAUUAAGCCAGUGCAGAAUUCCACUCACUUGGUAUUAUGGUGUUUUGCAGCUGGUAGACACGGCCAGGUAGGACUAAUUUUAUGAAAGUAAUUAAACAAAAUUUUUUAUUAGUACACAUGAGCAGAACUAAUUAAAAUUGAAGACAUGUUUUCUCAGGCCCAUCAGUUUAUUUUUGUAUUCUUUUAUCAAAACAAAACAAAAAAAGAAACCAAAAUCAUGAACAGUUAGGGAGGUACUGUACACGGUGAGCCUGGAGCAUCUUGUAGUGCUGGAAAGUGAGGAAGUACUUAAAAACAAAACAGAAAAAAAUAUUGAUAGGAGUAUGUCAAAGGAGCACAGAAACCAAUGGUAAGAGCUCCCAGUGGCCAAAGCUGGAACAGUUUGAGCAACAGAAUAAAGUACUGUUGAAUUAAAAUGCAAAGCAUAAAAUAAAUACCUGUGCAGCCGUACUGGUAUAAAUAAAUGAUUGAAUACAUUAAUAAAUGUGUAUAAGAGACAAAUCUUCCAUGCAGAAGGAUCCCAAAUAAUUUAUAUAGACACUCUACCCCGAAGGACUUUCUUCCAAAGAGUAUGAUAUGGAAAGGUGGGGAGAAGCAACGAGCAACUUUACAGUGGAGAAACCCGACAUGCACUGCCUCAGCCAGGUGAUCAAGGCCAACACCAGCAGUAUUAAAUCAUGUGGAUAGUACAUAUAACUGAUGCGAUGUGACUAAAAUGACACUUUACCUCCUCCAAAUAACCCAUAGCCCCAGUCUUAUCAAGAGAAAAAACAAAUCGCAAUUGUGGCACAUUCUACAAAAUACCAGAGCAGUAUUUCUCAAAACUGUGAUGGUUGUCAAAAACAAGGAAAGCCUGAAAAGUGGAGCGUAAGAAGACACGAUGACUAAAUGUAAUGUGGAGUCCUGGAUGGGAUCCUGGAACAGAUAAAGGACAGUAGGUAAGAACUAAGGAUAUCUGAAUAAACCGUGGACUUUAGUUAAUAAUUAUGUAUCACUAUUGGUUUAUUAAUUGGUACUUAGGUAUCAUACUAAAUUUAAGAAGUUAAUAAUACGGGAGACUGGGCGUAGGAUAUAUGGGAACUCUGUACUGUCUUCUCAGUUUUUCUAUAAAUCUGUAACUGUUCUGAAAUAUAAAGUGUAUUAAAAUUUUUAAAUGCCUAACCAGGAAAAAAAAAAAAAAAAAACAUGGACAGAAAGCCAGGUUAGGGAUUUUAAUGGAAAAUUAUAAAGCAUUUUAUUAAGGCCUUUAAAAAUUCCACACAGAACACGGCUUAAGCAGAACAUAUGCGGCUGCUUAGUUGAAAAAUGGAACUGGCAGCUUAACCCAGAAUGUGAGACUUCUAAAUACAUUCAAAUUGAGUCAUCAUCAUUUUUCAUCUAUGUAGUAUUUUGUUUUUCCAAAGUUCUUGCAAUUUCUGACUCCAAGAUGGCAAAAUUUUACCAUUAUUCCUGUUUUAAAGCUAAUGCCAUGUCUAUAGCUCGGACAGCCAUUUUGACUCAAUUGUCUAAUCUAAAUGUCAAUUCAAUCAGAAAACCAGCCAUCAGCUGUCAAAAUGGUAAAAACAGAUAUGUGUGUUUUCAAAGCCAGAAGUGCAAUCAUGUGGUGAGACUUCAGGGUUUUACUGUUGUCCACAGUUCUGAGUCCCAGGACUGGUUUCCUUACUCAGUAUUCUCCCAUGGAAAACUUCAUCAGGGAAUUGUAGGGUAAUAUUUUCAAGACUUGGAGUAUGUCUACAGUUACCUUUCUAAAAAACAAAAAAGAUCCCUUUAAAAACAUUUUUUAAAAAACAAUCAUGCCAAGGUAGCCAAAUAGAAACAACUUUGGGGUUUUUGCAGUCAAGUCUUACAAAUUGUGGAAUAUUCCCCUUGGUCCAGGAGAUCAUUUGACUGCCACACACAACUUCCUAUAUCCACAAAUUCCAGUAUGUUUGGACCCUCCUGAUGGCUAGGGGAAUCACAAAAAGAAACAGAAGGCACCAGUGAGCAGAACAAGAAAUGGUGCCCUUGGGCUUGUUGCUUAGUCCCUGCGCCAGCUCUCCUCCAGCCUCUCCAGCUGUACAGGGCAGAGAGGGUCACAGCUGGCACUCUCCUGGUGCUCUUGUCGGGCCAACAUCAGAGCCCCCAUGGCCAGGACUCACACACUGCCAGGAACCCAGCUCCAUUCCGGAGGAAGAUGAUACCCCGCUCUUUCAAGGGAAACCAAAAGGCUGGUGUAUUUUGGAGGUCAGCAAGAGGGAAAUGUCUCCCAGUUAUUUAGCCCUGGAAGGCUGAGAAUACAUUGGUUUUGUUUUCUGAACCAACAGUUGGGGCACACUGUCUGACAGCAUGACCACAUGUGAACUUGAGAGAGUCCCAGGAAAUUCAGGGUGUGUAGCCAUGGUUGAUGCAGGAUCCAGAAAUAUGAACCAAGGCCUGAGUGUGCUCCCUUGAUGGUGGUGCCCUCCAGAGAGGAGUGUGGGGACAUCCUGGGUGCAGCACCAUCGAGGGCCCUUCCUCAGCUGCCCUGAGGGUGGCAUUCCCACGGGCUGACCUAAUGACAGCAGAGCACCCAAGCCCCAGGCUCCUCUGUGAGCGCUCUGCCCCUUCUCAGCUGCUCAACUCCAGCCUCAAGAGCCCUUGAGCCCUGGGGCUCAAGACUAUCUCUCCCUUCCCCCUUCACUUUCCUCUGGAGUCAGGAGUGCCUGGAGUCCAGGCAUGACUUCCCCCUGGCUUAUCUCCUCUUUACCUGUGUCCUGGGAACACUCAAAACAAGCUGGGGGAGACAAUCAUUUCCGCAGACACAGGGUUACCCCCAUGUGAAGCAAGCAGCAAAUUGAUCUUAUCACAUGCCUCUGACCAGUUAGGGAGGCGAGUCAAAGAAGGUGCAGUGAGGAAGUAUAAUGUCACAUGCAACAUUUACAGGAAACUGGCUAGAAGACAGAAGGGGAACUUGAGAACUUGGUUGUUUUCAGCAGAUUAAAACAACACAGAUUUAUCAGCAAGACUGUUGAACGCAUAACUGCCCAAGAUGCCCGUCCCUCCCCCUCCAGCACCCCCGCCGCCCCCGACGUUUGCACUGGCCAAUACAGAGAAGCCUACCUUGAAUAAGACAGAGCAGGCUGGGAGAAAUGCUCUCCUUUCUGAUAUCAGCAAAGGGAAGAAACUAAAGAAGACAGUCACCAAUGACAGAAGUGCACCAAUAUUAGACAAACCUAAAGGAGCUGGUGCUGGAAGUGGUGGUGGUGGCUUUGGUGGAGGCGGCGGAUUUGUCGGAGGAGGUGGUGGCGGAGGCGCUGGAAGCUUUGGAGGGGGCGGACCUCCAGGUCUGGGAGGACUGUUCCAGGCUGGAAUGCCAAAGCUGAGAUCCACGGCCAACAGGGAUAAUGAUUCUGGAGGAAGCCGACCACCCAUGUUGCCACCGGGAGGAAGAUCCACAUCUGCCAAACCCUUUUCACCCCCAAGUGGCCCAGGGAGGUUUCCUGUGCCUUCUCCAGGCCACAGAAGUGGUCCCCCAGAGCCUCAGAGGAACCGAAUGCCGCCCCCAAGGCCCGACCUGGGCUCAAAGCCUGAUAGCAUUCCCCCUCCAGUACCUAGUACUCCAAGACCCAUUCAAUCAAGUCUGCACAACCGGGGGUCCCCACCAGUGCCCGGAGGCCCGAGGCAGCCCGGCCCCGGGCCCACUCCUCCCCCUUUCCCUGGAAACCGCGGCGCUGCUUUGGGAGGAGGCUCAAUACGUCAGUCUCCCUUGAGCUCCUCCUCGCCCUUCUCCAACCGGCCCCCCCUGCCGCCUACGCCCAGCAGGGCCUUGGAUGACAAACCCCCUCCACCACCUCCUCCAGUAGGCAACAGGCCCUCCAUCCACAGGGAAGCGGUUCCCCCUCCUCCUCCUCAGAACAACAAGCCUCCAGUGCCUUCCACUCCGCGGCCUUCCUCCUCCUCACAGCCCCCACCUCCGCCGCCACCUCCCAGCAGGCCCGGGCCGCCUCCCCUGCCUCCAAGUUCCAGCGGCAAUGACGAAACCCCAAGACUCCCACAGCGGAAUCUGUCCCUCACUUCGUCCACGCCCCCCUUACCUUCGCCAGGACGUUCAGGUCCUCUUCCUCCCCCGCCCAGCGAGAGACCCCCACCUCCAGUGAGGGACCCGCCAGGCCGAUCAGGCCCCCUCCCACCACCUCCUCCAAUAAGCAGAAACGGCAGCACGUCUCGGGCCCUGCCUGCCACCCCUCAGUUGCCGUCCAGGAGUGGAGUAGACAGUCCAAGGAGUGGACCCAGGCCUCCCCUUCCUCCUGACAGGCCCAGUGCUGGGGCACCUCCCCCACCUCCACCAUCAACAUCUAUUAGAAAUGGCUUCCAAGACUCUCCAUGUGAAGAUGAGUGGGAAAGCAGAUUCUACUUCCAUCCAAUUUCCGAUUUGCCACCUCCAGAGCCAUAUGUACAAACGACCAAAAGUUAUCCCAGCAAAUUGGCAAGAAACGAAAGCCGGAGUGGAUCCAACCGAAGAGAAAGGGGUGCCCCACCACUCCCUCCCAUCCCGAGGUGAUCUUUGCCUGCUCUUCUCUACCCAAGCUCAAGAGCUGCUUCUGUUGCUAAGAACUGCACACCCUCCUCCCCGCUUCUUCCCUUGUGCCCCAUGUAUGGGCAGGAGGAAAGAUGGGAGGGUGAGUGGGAAUAUGCGUGUGUGCGUGGGAAUCGGUAAGAAAUGCACCUAGCUUUUCAUAUUGUUUAUUCUCCAGGCUAUUGCUUGCUUCAGCUGCAACCGGGGUCGAUAGGCUUUUGUGGUAAUAGGCAGAGAUGAAUUGCAUCCCAGCUUUCCACCAACCAAAUCCAAACAUUCACUGCUUAUUUGCCACAGACUGUAAUUAUUAAAGUCCCUGAGAGCUGUUUUCUCCCAUUCCUUUUUCGCAUGCUUGGCCUCCUGUCUGUUUCCAUGAACCACAGACCACCUAAGCAAGCUGCUGAGUAAGGGCUCACAGGAAACUUUUGCAGUCACAGGAUGUCCAAUCUUUGGCAGUCCGAGCUCAGCUCCAGGACAGAGCUGUCCAAUAGAAAUAUAACGUGAGCCCCAUAUACAACUUCAACAUUUCUAGUAUAUUUUCAACAAGUGAAGUUAAUAUGCAUCCAAAGUAUUUCAACCUGUAAUCAACAUAAACUUUUAAUGAGAUAUUUUAUAUUAUCUUUUGGUACUGAAUCUUCAGAAUCCAGAGUGUAUUUUACAUUUACUGGUAGCACAUCUCCAUUUGGACUAGUCACAUUUUUAAGUGCUCAGUGGCCACAUGUGGCUGGUGGCUACUGGAUUAGACAGCAUAAGUCUGGAAGAUGGAAGCUAGUGCAGAAACCUCGUUUAAAAAACAAAAAAGGCAAGAUGGGCUUGAGCGAUUCAAGAGGCAACUAAAAAUAAAAUUAGGACCCAGUACCUUGUUUGACACAGUUUGACCUUCGAUUUUGCUCUCUUAUCUUCCCUCUUCCCUUAAUAUCUGUAUACAAGUGUUGCUUCAAAGUACCAAGGUCAGAAAUUAAUUGAGUACGAUUUACUAAAGUCAUGUGGAAUAAAGCCACUGAAAAGAAACGGAGAGCCUGUCGGGACUUCCGGGCUCAGAACCAGCUGGCGCACGCCCUCACUUGUCAGUUGGACUUCUGCCUUGUGAAAUGGAAGCAGCCUUUGUUCCUCUCUGGCUGAGCAAGUUCCUGAGGCUGGGAGACACUAGGAAGGCUUGGUAGGAGGGGAAGAAAGUCAGGGAAAGGUGUCAAAUCAGAAACAUGGAAGAAGAAGGGAACAGAUUUGAGUUGGUGGGUAAAACUCUAAAAAUCUAAAUCUGAUUCUUAUGUAAGGGUUGAGCGAAUUAGGGAGAUUGCUAGUGGAAAUUGGAGGGAAUUUGUUUUGCAUCAUUUGUCUAGGAUCUAUGCAAAUACAGCUCCACUAAAGGACCAUAGGGAAGAGCCAGCCUUGCCUUUUCUUACAUGAUUUUGUUUACAAAAUUUUACUGGGACUUUUAAAUCUAGCUAUAGAGUUGGGAAAAAAUAUUUCCACUUAGAUAUUUUAUAUGGUUUUGUUUAAAAUGACCAUUACUUGUUUUUUAAAAACACAUGACCACAUAUGUAUAUGUAUAUCUACCUAAACAUUGUAUCAUGGUUUCAGUAUGUUAUUCAUGUAUUACUGGGAGAUGCUAACAAGAACCCAACCCAAAGAAAAUUCUGAAAAAUACAUUUCUAUUUAUAGAAUAAAUGUUUCAUUUAUAUAAAAGCAAAAGAACUUAGAGUUCUAAUAAAUGGGAUGUCUAAUAAAUUAUGAAGUUACUGAUUUGAAUAUAUUAUAUUUUUAUAACUUCCUUGCCAAAGUCCUGAUGUAGUACAUUAGAGAACCUGUGUUUCCUCUCUCAUUGACCAUUCAUCUGUCUUCCAUACAGUCAUUUGGGCUUUUUACUCAAAGAGAAUCAAGAAAUAAUAAGGUAUAACAAGCCUGGCAAAGUGUUGGUUUUUUAAAAAAAUUUGUUAAUCUCUAGCAGUUUGGUAAUUUAGCAGCAUCAUUUAUUUGGGAUUCUUUUAUCUGAUUUCAACAGUGAAAAGCAUCCCUGUGAUAAAGCCUAAUGACCCAUUUCACAAAAGAUGGAGUUUCCCCUUCCUAGAAAAUAUGACAGAGAAAAGUCUGACUCAAAGAAAGUGGGUCUGAAUUUUAUAAGGGGUAGUAACAAUUGGACAAUUCCUUUGCAUAUCUGAACUUGGCAGGUACCAUUCUAAAUUUGAAACAGGGUCAUAGCUCAAAGUUGCCAUUCAUCCAGAAUAGAGAUCCUUUAGAAUGUAGUGUUUUAAGUGAGUGUUUCAUUAAUACACCUACACCCUUUCUUUGAAAGUUUGCAACCUAAUUGCAUCUAAAACUUUGAGUAAGUUCUGUGGUAAAAUCUUAAACUAUGGAAAAUUACAAAAAUGAAUAUUUUCUUCCCUGAAAUCAGAGCUUACAUGUGUGUUUUUUUCAUAAAAUUUUCAGAUAAAUGUAUUCAACAUGUAAUACAGUAUUUUAACAUUCACCUCUCAUUUUAUAUUGAAAUGUAUUACAGUAUUAAAACUCAGUGUUCAGUAUUUAUUUCACUAUGCAUAUUAUUUAGUAAAAGCCAGGAGAAAUGUUUAAUCCAAUGGUGCCUUACUUUGUGAUUUAAAAGAAGUCAACUUUUUUUAUGUCUAAGUAGCAGAUUAUUUGCAUAUUUGUAAAAACUGUUAGGUCUUUAUAUUUUAAAUUGUAAUACCAGUUUUGUUAUUUUAGUAGCAGAAAUGGGAUGAUUGUUAAAGUUCCCAAAAAAUGUUGGCGUGAAAUUAAUUUUUUCCUCCUUAUAGUCAAGGACCGUAGAGGAAGAAAAACAUUUUUUUCAUGCCAUGCACUAUGUAAACAGACACAUUUUGGUAUCUGUGUCAUCAGGAUAGUGUAAAUGGUAGGGUAGAGACUCCCCUAGACAUCUGCAUCUUUGUAAGUUAGCCAGACAAUAAAGAAAAGCAGAAUGA